AUGUCUGCUUACUUUUUAGCCGGUUUUGCAGUUGUCUUCUUUCUUAUCGCUUCAACCGAUGCUGUGGUUAUGCCUGAGCGACUUUCAGAUCGCUUGAUCUCCAGCCAAAGAGUAGAUAAGGCUAUCGAAUUCUGCGAGAUUCUCUUUCGUGAUCUUUUUCGUACUAAGCAGGUUCCAACCGGAGCAUUCCAAGUUUGCAUCAUGGCAUACAUCAAGAAAAUGGCUCGCGAACUUGACGACGUGGAGUUGAUUUACCCCAAAUCCUUCACAUAA